AUGACCCAACAAGGCUUAAAACUUUUUCCUCAGUUCAAUUUGCUUGAUACAGUAGAUGUCAAUGUCAAUAUUAUACCCAAAACUAUCUACGAUAAUGACUGCCCUAUUCUUGAGAUACAUAAAAUUUUGAACAUUGUGAAGUUGAAACUUGUGGGUGGAUUAGAUUUCAAAAAAUGGUGUGAGCCAGAACGAAAAGUUCAGCUAGAGGAAGUACUUGCUGUAUUGAAAUGUCAGGAUCGAUAUACCAUGAUCACAAAUUAUCCUUCUGAUCUUACAAUGAUUGAAGCUGCUGCACAAGUCAUAAAUUGUAUGGAUGUAUUGCAAUAG